AUGGUCGGCUACUGUGUGGCUGUGCAGACGCAGCGCUACUUCCUGACGAUGUGCUUCUACAUCACGGUGAUGGGGCUGUGGGGCUCGAUCGUGUCGUUCAGCUACCACUGGGACGAGAUUGUCUACAUGACGCCGACCUGCUGGGACGACAUUGUGUACGCGUGGGGUGUGCUGUGCAGCGUUCCCGGGCAGUUGUGGCAAGAUCCGGAGGGCUCGAUCACACGCGCCUUCUGGGCGACUCUCUUCUACGAGAAGCCGCUCAUCAUCACCCUGCCCGUCACCCAGGUUGCCCUCCUCGCCGUCGUCGGCGGGAUCACCUUCUUCUCACAGGGGAUCUGGAACGUGUACAUCGGAUUGGCCCAAAAAGAGCGUUACCACUUGGGCGGCAUCGCCACCGGCGAGCAGUACCACUCGACUUUUGUCGAACGCUUCCUGUUCAUGUUCGGGUCGAAUUUCCCGCUCGGGCUGCUCUGGCCGAUGAAGUGGGAGGAAGUCGAGUGGAGCGGAAAGUUUAUCGACUCGGUGCUGCUACAUCCGCUGAUCGCCGACGAGGACAUUACCGAAGUGACCGACGACGCCGGCCAAUCGACAGAAGCC